AUGUCAAUCUAAAUAAACUUUAAAGUUAGAUGUGAAGCUAAACUUAAUCAACAAUUAUAUAUUGUUGGUGAUGCUAAACUUUUAGGCGAAUGGCAUCCAUCAAAGGGCCUUAAAUUAAAUACUUAUUAAGAAAUCUACCCUUGCUGGACAGGAACAUUAAUAGGAGAUUUUGAACCAAGUAUCUUAUUCCAUCAUCAUAAGAUUGUCUCAUAUUGUUUAAAGCAGUCAUUAUAGGGUUGGAUAAUAUAAUUUGGGAAUAAAACGAAAAUAGAGCACUUUAUAUUAAAUACUAAUCUCAAAGUGUCAUAUUUUCAUUUAAUUCACAUGAUGCAUAAUUAAUAAAAAUUAAAUCCUUUUUCGAUAAUCAACAAGAAGAAACUACUGAUUUCUGUAAUAUAUAAUAUUGUUUACAAUAGUUGGUGUUAGAAGAAGGAAAUUUAAAAAAUCAUUUAGUCCUUUAGACUUUGCAUGUCUUAGUUCUGUAAAAUAUGUUAAUAAUUGCAAUUUUAGGAUUCAGAUUCUGACCAUAGCAAUAUUUCUUCUUUAUUUAACUCAAGUGUAAACUCUCAAAACUCUAGUAUUCGUCAAUUAGAUAAUCAUUAAAAUUCAGAAUUUAAUUCCUAAUAUAAGUAUCAAUAUUGA